AUGACCUCAAAUAUUUUCUCGAUGUUAAUGAUCGAUCAAAAGACGAUUACCCCCCGUAAUUCAUACGCAACUCCGGGUUCUUCCUUUAUAACCCGUCAUAAUAAGUCGAAGGUUGUACCCCUUUCCGGUUCCGGUCCGUACUGUCCCGGGAGUAAUCGAAAGAUACGGUUUAGACUUCCCGCAGAAUGGACUGAUAUGAAUGACAGUUUUACCUCUUUCACUUUACAAAUUGGUGGCACCGCUCUCGGUCUAUCUGCUUCACAUAACAGUGUAAUCCCAUUCAACCGUAUGAGAAUCAUUUGCGGUGGAACAGUUCUUGAAGAUAUCCAAGACAUUAAUGUAAUUGAGACACUUCUUGCCCGUUCUACCAAUAGCACCAACCUUAUUGCCGGACCUUACGGUCGAAUCACAGGCCAAUCCGUUGCUGCGGCUUCAAAGAUUAUUGCCCCUGCAACAGAUGCGGUUGCCGGUGAUCAAUACAUUUUCCGACCAAAGAUUUCCGGUAUUCUAACGAAUGACUUAAUCAUUCCCCAACCAUUUAUGCCAGAGGUAAUGAUUGAGUUGCACCUGGAAAAUAAUGCAGUUGUAUUAAUGGGAACCGUUGAGAAUGCUUCCGACAGUGUUUAUCAAAUCUCCGAUGUUGCUUACAACACCCACACGAUUGAAUAUUCGUCCGAUUUCAUCGAUGCGUUUGAGAGCUCUCUGGCAGACCAUCCGUUGCACUAUUACUAUACCAUAGCCAGCCAUUUCAAUCAGAACAUUCAACGGAACUUUCAAAACCGAUAUCAAGUUCAUUUUCGGUGUUCUCAGUGUAGCAUCUAG